UGUUUUUAACGUAAUUUACGAAAAUGACCUCGUUGCCGCUAUGAAUUUUCGAAGUUGAUUGGGAACCACCGCACGAAAACGAAUCACCGUCGCACGAUAUCUGCUCAGCCCGCAUAAUCGAGUGAGCUCUCUUUGACCAAUCAGUGAUCGAUCAGUCGAGUGGUGGUGUAAAAUGGAAGAUGGAGAGAAGAAUGAUGGGAAGAGACUAGUGUUUGUGACGGUGGGAACAACGAGUUUCGACGCGCUCGUGAAAGCAGUGGUCAGCCAAAACGUUAAAGACGAGUUGCACAAGAGAGGAUAUACUCAUCUUCUCAUUCAGAUGGGUCGAGGAAUCUACUCUCCACCCAAGUGUGAUGGAGCGGAUGGAUCAUCACUAGCCGUUGAUUACUUCACAUUCUCCUCGAGUAUCGCAGAUUAUAUUCGAUCUGCGUCUCUUGUUAUUAGUCACGCUGGAUCUGGAAGCAUAUUCGAGACGCUAAAGCUAGGGAAACCGUUGAUUGUUGUAGUGAACGAGGAUCUUAUGGACAAUCAUCAAUGUGAAUUAGCUGAAGAGCUUGAAGAGAGGAAGCAUUUGUACUGCGCUCGUCCUCAUACGCUUCAUCAGACCUUGACCAAGAUGGAGUUGGGAUCUCUGGUUCGGUACGAUCCAGGGGAUGGGACACCUGUUGCCCGUAUUAUCGAUAGGUUCCUGGGUUUCCCUGAUGAUUAAAACAGAUGCGUUUAAAAAACAAGUUUCUCUGAGAACAGUUUCAACUGAUUAUGUACUAAACUGGUGGUCUUCAUGUUGGACUUUGUUUUGUAGAUUCGUAUCUUUGUAAUAGCUAAAGCUUUUUCUUAUGUUUGAGGAUUAUGGAUAGCUUCGUAUUCAAUAGUACUCACCUUUUGCAGACUGUAA